CGGCUCUCCUCAGUCGACGUCAAACCGUCGCGACGCGUACGUGUUCUCUUUCGUCGGUUUCGCAAAGCUCAUAAGACUCGCGUGUCUCGUACAGCGUGACUCGUCGCUCGUGUUCGGCCACCUGUUCGCUCCAGAAGCUCGGAUCGGGAAGCAGACCGAAGAAGCUUAUCUAGGCGACUGGUGCACGUGUAUCUGACAAGGGAUACCUACAAUUUCUUCGUCGCAAGCGUACUUAGGAUAGAAUUACCGCGAUUCCCGUGGUGCGUGUGUGGUGAGGUGCCUUGACGAAAUCUCCUUUGCCUAAACUGGAGCAGUGCGCGAUCGGUACGUGUUGGUUCGCGAGUAGAGUCGUACGGUGUGAAGAAAAAUCAACAGUGCCAGUCGCCAGUGAAAACAUCAGUGAGAAAGAAUCACUCUUUGAUAUUCAGUGUGAAACACCUUUUGGAUUAUGACUAUCGGAUGACACUUGGCAUGCGGUCGUCGUAGGGACGACGCAUCACCACGUCCACCCUCGUGCUCGCCAAACAGUCAUCAUGAUCAUGAACGGGCAGCUAAAGAACGUCGUCAUAGUUCACGGCACGUCGUAUAACGUGUAAAAUUCUGCUAGUCCCGCGCUAAGUAUCAGCUUUCGGAGGAUUUGAUACUCGGUGGACAGUGAAAAAGAAUCGAAGGCAUGAAGAGGAAAUCGAAAGGCGUGUCGGGUGUUUGGUGAAAAAGCAUCGAAGAAAGCCGAGCGUUAAGCGAGCUUAAACGCGAAGAACCGUAGAGUGAGCUGUUGUGAGGUGAAAACGUGUCUGGUUCGUUCGUGAGGGAUGCGGCCCAUGGGCGAAGGGUGGGGUCUUUGGGCACCGAUAAGGCUUAUCCGAAGAUACCAUGGCCGCCUGGCUGCUCGGCUCUCCUCGUCAGUCAUAGUGCUCAGGUGGCGUCGACGAGAUCGUCGUUCGGUUUAGCUUUACGCGAGUUCGCGCCUAUUAUACGAAUUCCACGACCGUGUCCCGUUUCAUGAACGAGGAUUAAAAGCCAGCCACGUAAGCACGAGAGGAUCUUGAAGAAGUGGUGGUGGAAGGGUGGACGAGCUGCAGCUGAAAAACAGCGGUUCGAGGAUUCGUGACGUCGAUUAUUGGGAUUCUACGAUCUCGAUUCGGACGUUUCACGUUGCAUCGAUCCAGUUUCCCUCGAAAUCUCUUCUAAAAGUGAACGCUCGUUAGAAACGAAUCAGUGUCCGUAGUUGUGCAUCCGUAUUUCGUGAACAAGUGUAUGCUUUUUUUGUGUCGACUAUCGGAUAACUCGUGAUUAUAUUCGGUAAUUCGUGUAAUUUGCCCGGGCAAAGGUGCGUAUUUUACGUUUCGCGUUGUUUACGCCGGUUUAUUCGUACGCGAACGGUAGAGUUUGAGGGUUGACACCUUCAAACCGGAAACGAAGAAUAAUCCUGUCUUCCUCAAGGAUAAACGAGGCCGAGGGAAGGGGUCAUCGAGAGCCGGUCGCUAGAAGGACUCCUAUGAAAAUGCUUCAGUCGUUGAACGCUUUGGCGGGUAAAAUCUCGCCGGGUUCGCCUACCGACAGCAACGCAAACAAAGUGCACAUGCACAACAACAACAACAAUAACAACAACAACGUCGUGCAUCACCAUCAUCCCUACUCGAAACAACAGACACAGCAGCCGUCGCCGUCGUCGCAGUCGAGCAACAGCGACCAGAAGGAAAACACCAUAAUGAACAAUAAUAGUGUGGAACAGCCGGAUCCUGACAACAUAAAAAUGUUCGUGGGUCAGGUGCCACAUGACAUGGACGAGAACGACCUAAGGAAACUUUUCGAAGAGUUCGGCCGUGUGCAUCAGAUAAACAUCUUGCGGGACAAGAUCACCGGAAGUCAUAGAGGAUGCUGUUUCGUUACGUUUUACACGAGAAAGGCAGCCCUGGAUGCACAGAAUGCUCUGCACAACGUGAAAACCUUCAGCGGGAUGCGGCAUCCGAUUCAGAUGAAACCGGCGGACAGCGAAAACAGAAACGAACGUAAAUUGUUCGUUGGUAUGCUGUCGAAGAAGUUCACUGAAAAUGACGUUAGGAACAUGUUUAGUGUCUAUGGAACCAUCGAAGAAUGUUCGGUGCUCAGAGAUAGCACCGGAAAAAGUAAAGCCUGUGCCUUCGUUACCUUCGCUAGUAAACAGUACGCCAUCAACGCCAUUAAAGCUCUUCAUCAUUCGCAAACGAUGGAGGGAUGCUCAUCACCGUUGGUAGUGAAAUUUGCAGACACGCAAAAGGAAAAGGACCAGAAGAGGAUGCAACAGCUUCAGACGAAUCUUUGGAAUAUAGCAGGAGUCAACAUGGCGCCGCAUUACCUGACCAACGAUACACCUACCCUAGCGCCCGCGUCGUUACAGCUACUGCAACAACUUCAGGCGACGACGAGUGCAGCAACUCCGGUUGCAGCUAGUGCAGGCGCUAACGCUCUGUCGAGUGUGCAGCAUCAGUUGUUGCUACAACAGCACCUCGGUCUAGGCGCCGCAACCCCUGCGCACGCCGCCGCUCCUGCUCUGCCCAGUCCUCCUGAAAUCAACGCUGCGAAUCUUCAGGGCUUGGCGACGCUCGCGUCGUUGAGCAACACCGCCGGUGAGUAUGCGAACACAGGAGUGUCACCCAUGAGUAUGCAGAACCUAGUCACCCUGGCUGCGAUGACUGGCGGAAAUGGCAACCUUCAAGUGUCGCCAAACACGUUAAGCGGACUGGCGAAUUCGACAGCAGGUAUGUCGCUAUGGUCCACUGGAGGUAGCCUCAGUCCUGUGACGUCCCUCGCGCUCAAUUCUCUAACGGGAACACCUUUGAACGGAUUGCAGGACUCGUUGAGCAACGCUUACUCCAGCUUACAACAGUAUGCAGGGUUCCCAGCGUUCACAGCGGCAGCAGCUGCGGCUGCGGCGGCAGCGCAAAAGGCAAAAUUCACCAACACGGACAAGCAGAUUGAGGGUCCCGAGGGCUGCAACCUGUUUAUCUAUCAUCUACCACAGGAGUUCAGCGAUACUGACCUUGUCACAACGUUUCUGCCAUUUGGGAACGUCAUUUCCGCCAAAGUCUUCAUCGAUAAACAGACGCAAUUGAGCAAAUGCUUCGGCUUCGUGUCGUAUGACAAUGCGGCGAGCGCGCAAGCAGCGAUCCAGGCGAUGAACGGCUUCCAGAUCGGCAUGAAACGGCUUAAGGUCCAGCUGAAACGAUCCAAGGAUGCGUCGAAACCCUACUAGCCGACCUCGCCCACCUUUCGUAGCAGGUGGCCUGUGACGUUGUGACCGUGUUCUCGAUCGGAGUCGCCGUGCCAUGUCAGUCUCAGUCAGUUGAAUUGAUCAAUCGUUCAAUCGAUCGAUCAGUCGAUCAAGUCCAUCUGUCGAUCAGUCACGACUCCUUUGGUCAGCCUCUUGAUCAGUCAUUCUAUGUCUGUCGGUGCCUGUACACAUCUGCCCGCUCUCGCUCCUCUCGCAAGAAGCGGACGCCUACUCUGCUCCCAACACGUAAUACCUUCUUUUUCCUACACCACCAUCCAGCAGAACAAAAAACUCCUUGAACGAAUCCAUCCACCUACGAGCUACCUCCACGUUUUAUUUCAUGUACCGGUUGCCACUGCGCUUGGUCUGUUCCAUUUAACCGGGAUAGAUGGCACUGAUUGUCGAUCGUGGACGUCAUUGCGCCACCAAUUGUGACCCGCUGCUCUGUGUAAUAAAACAAUAGAGAAGAAUCCCUUUGAUGAACGUCGGGCAGCUUACCCAGGACCAAGUCAGUAAGAAAUUAAUCGAAGUGCACGAAACGGAAUGAGGGAUCGUCGUGGGAAAAGUAAUGCUUGAUCUCGCGUUGUCGCGGGCAUCAUUCAAAAUCGGAUGUAAAGAGUAGCGAAGCGGAAGCACCGUGGGUCAACCACUGUGUUUUGUAUGUGCGCAUGCGUGCGUACUUGUAUGCCUGUAUAUAGGGUGCUUCACGUAUCUGGGCCAAGUCAUAACUCGGAGAUAGUAGAAAGUGGAAAAGUAUUUCGUUAAACGAAAUUAAAUGGUUUUAAAAGUGUGAAUAAAAUUCUUUUGCUUCUAUGGUUUUAUAAGUGUAGCUUAGCUCGGAUGUAUGAAACACCUUAUACAGUAUCUGCAAACGUACAGAUGCCCAUAUUAAUUGUGCAUGUGUAUGUACGAAAAUGUGCGAGCGAUGCGAUCUAAAGCUGAUGAAUUAAAAAAUUUAAAAGUUCAUAAUGCCAACCUACCACUGUUAGUCUGCUGUGCAACUAAUACGAAUAAAGGGAUAAAGAGAACAAAUAUCAGCUUUAGAUCGCAACGAAUUCUCCGUGGACCUCUAGUGUAAGAAAUGUUUGCGUACAAUCACUAACUAGCCGUUAAAAAUGGACAAUUGUAUGCUCGUUUUGUGAAACGGAACGGUGUGUACCUUGUAUUAUAUUGAGAACACUGUUUUGAUUACCGACUGAGAAGCGAUUUUAUCGGCUCACUUUCAGGAUCGCUGUCAGCGUCGCGAAACGCCUGUUCAUAUGUAGAUAAAAGACGCAUUAAUGAUGUGCCGAUUAAAUAAUAGAGAAUGCGUAGGGAAACAAUGAGAUAACCAAGCAAAAAAACACUGCUAAAUCGAAACGUGUUAAAGAACACGGUAAGUCGGUCAAGUCCGAUGCACCUUAUAAAGAUAAUGGUGUAAAAAUUACCAAAAAAAGAACCAAAAACAAAAAAAAAGACACAGCUGAAGCAAGAAAACAAAAGAAGAGUAGAGAAAAUGAUACAUAAAUAGCAUUUUUUAAUGACUUUGUGAUAACAUUGUACCGUACAUAGGAUUUGGACUAGGGUCGCUUUUUAAAGUGUGUAUGAUAAAGUAAGCGUGGCAUAAGAAACUUAACGAUAGAGAAAUCCAAACUUGAGAAAACAAAAUUUUUCAUCAGUGUCACUUCACUAGCGUGCACGCGAUCGUUCUUUUGCUUUUCUUUAUUUUUCUCAUCUAUACCAAGAGGGUACUUACGAUUCACGCGUCUUAUAUGAUCUCUAUUAUGUUCGAAUCUAAACAAAUGUACAGAAAACAAAAAGUGGUACAUUGUACUCUUUGUUCAUGAUAAGAGAAGAAACUGGAAAAAUUUCAGGAAAAUAUUUCGAUCGCCAGAAAAAUGGCGAGCGCUUAAUUGCCACGAAUUAAUCUUGAGUCAGUAACAAAUUCAGUUGCGCUGUAUCCGACGAAUACAACGAUUUUACGAAAAUGUGUGAGAAAAUAUAUUAACAUGUUUGUACUUCA